AUGCGCGGAUCCGACAAAGUCAGCAAGGUCUACCUUCAAAAGAACAAUGAGGACUUCAUCGUUCUCGUUGAAGACAAAGAAUCCCUGAACAAGUGGAAGGGUGACACUAGUGUCCCAUUGACCGACGUUAUUAACGGGUUCAAGGUCUUCACUACUCAUCGACAAGGAGCUCAGGGCGUUCUGGACUCCGCUUCAAAUGCCAUCCUUGACGCUUCGUUCGGAACACACAAAGUCGACGACAUCAUUCCUGUUAUUCUAAGAGAAGGACAGUUGCAGGUCACCAGCGGUGUAUGUACUAUUCGCUACCCCCUGCAUUGCAUCGUCAAAACCAUCAAGAAGCUAAUACCAUUCUCUUACAGGGCCAGGACCGUUUUUCCUCCACAAACGAUUCGAAGGGUGGCAUGGCAAAUCACAGAUAAACAAAAAAUCUACGAUCUUGUCUUUUUCUUCUUUGGCUGUGAGCAAGGGAUUAUUGUUAUAUUUUUUUUCAUGUUCUCAAUAGUAGGGAAAUCGAACGCUGGGAAAUAA